GUCAGUGGACUGCUGUUGUGCUGUAAACUCGUGCUUUUCAUAACGUUAGGUAUAUUAAUUGAGUUUUCUUUUCUAUAUUUUGAUGUUCGCACUGUACUGUUAACUAGUAUUUUCUAUUAUAAUAAACGAACAGUGUCAAUAAAUUGACUUGGUGCGUAGUAUUUCUUUUGGAUAAGGGCUGCAACCCUUCCUGUCUGUAUAGUCUCUAUAAUAUCUAUACACACUAUCACCAAUCCGUGUUAACUAGUUAAAUUUAAAAACAGAAUUGUUUGUUAACGACCAAGUUCUAUAGAAUAAUAACAAAACAUGAAAAAAUUAAUCAAGCAUAAUGAUGAUCCAACUGAGGUGUAUAUAGUAUCGCUCAAAUCUAAGUCAGAAAAACCAAACCUGGACGAAGAUUUGUUUAAUAUAAUCCUAUUAAUAUUACUAUACACAAUACAAGGAUUUCCUGUUGGUAUAUCCACAGCUCUUCCAUUGAUUUUACAGAGUAAAGGACUUAUAACGUUUGACGAUCAAGCAUUAUUUAGUAUAGCAUUAUGGCCUUACUGUAUUAAACUUUUAUGGGCUCCAAUUAUUGAUGCACUCUAUAUAAACUCGAUCGGUAGACGAAAAUCCUGGCUAUUACCUCUUCAAAUAUUAAUGGGGAUCACAUUUUUUUAUAUGGCCAUCAAUAUGGAUGAUUGGUUGCCCGAGACAGGACAACCAAAUCUUAAAAUGUUAGUGUGUAUAAUCUUCGUCGUUAAUUUUUUAUCUGCAACUCAAGAUAUUGCCGUCGAUGGUUGGUCAUUGUCGGUGUUAAAGAAGAAAAACAUAAGUUAUGCCUCUGUGUGUAAUUCUAUAGGAGUACCGAUUGGAAUGUGUACAGGUUCAGUUUGUUUCACUUUGCUGAUAUCUGAGCAGUUUAGCGUCAAAUAUUUAGGAACUUCUAUUGGUACAGGAGGAAUUAUAACUAUGAAAAGUUUUUUUAAUAUUUGUACAAUCAUAAUUAUAGCAGUUACAAUAAUCAUCGGAUUGUUUAAAAAUGAAAAGUAUACAAUGGAAGAUGACUACGAACAAAUUAGUGUUUGUCAGAAUUAUCAAUUAUUGUGGGACAUUAUAAAGCUACCUCGCAUUAGAGUAUUGGCGCUAGUAUUGUUUACAGCAAGGAUAGGAUUUACUACUUUGGAAAUUAUACCAAACCUGAAAUUAAUUGAUGCUGGUGUACCUAAGGAUGAAAUUAUGAUAAUAACUUUAGUGAUGUAUAUAGUUAAAUUUUUUUUCCCAAUAAUUGUAAGUAAAUAUGUUACGAGUUCAAAGCCAAUGAGUUACUAUCUGAAAAUGACACCUAUUAGAUUAAUGUGGGGUAUUGUAUUUGCUGUGCUAGUUUAUUAUACACCAAAUUUUAUACAGAAAAAACACGGACAUAUUAUUAUACCGCAAUAUUAUUAUCUUAUAUUAGGAUUAGUAUCUCUUGUAAACGAGCUAUUAAGUUUAUUUUUGUUGCUGACACUAGUUGCAUUUUUCUGUAAAAUAAGUGAUCCUCAUUUUGGUGGAACCUAUAUGACAUUAUAUAACACAUUUUACUUUUCGGGUUGGUUAAUAUCAAAUACCUUGAUUUAUAAACUGAUUGAUAUUUUGACUUUUAGUGAAUGUUCAAAUGAUAUUCAAAAUAAGUGUAACACAGAAAAGUUAAAAAAUUUAUGCACUAAUAAUUAUGGAAUUUGUGUAAUUCAUAAGGACGGAUACUAUGUAGCAGUAUUCAUAUGCACGAUUCUUGGGUUAAUUUGGUACUUAAGUUUUAAAAAUAUUAUAAAAAAAUACCAAUUAGUGGACCUUUACCAUUUCAUGGUACAUAAGAAACAACUGAAUGCUGAAGAACUGAACACACAAUGAGUUAUAUCUUCAGCGUAAUUUCAAACAAUAACCAUAUUAAAUACUUAAAAAAUUUAAGUUUAUUUU